AUGAAAUGUGGAAAUGUUCGUAUCCAUCCCAUGAAGCAUAUCCUCCUCCAGGCAUGUUUGCUGGUCCCUGUGAAGAAACUUGUCCUUGAGAAACUAACUGUGGACGACCUGGACCUUGAACAUAAGAUUGACCCAUUCCUGUUCCAACCAUUUGUUGUUGCUGCAAUUGCUGAAGCUGCUGCUGCUGCUGUUGCUGCAAUUGCUGCUGCUGUAAUUGCGGAAGCUGCUGCUGUUGUUGCUGCAGCUGUGAGAGCUGCUGCUGCUGCUGCAGUUGUGAGAGCUGUUGCUGUUGCUGCAAUUGCGGAAGCUGCUGUUGAUGUUGAAGCUGUUGCUGCUGUAGUUGUGGAUGUUGUUGUUGUUGUUGUUGCAUCUGUUGGUGGUGCUGCUGUUGCAUCUGGUGUUGUUGCUGCUGCUGACUAG